AUGUAGACAUCAUCUUCGUCAAGUGGAGUGUAGUUGAGGUCAAGUGGGGCGUUAUUGAGGUCUGGGAGCACCAUAGUGAACUUGUUGAUCAGACCGGCGAGGAGCAGCUGAAAGGUAGACCGGCGAGGAGUAGCUGAAAGGUAGACCGGCGAGGAGCAGCUGAAAGGCAGACCGGCGAGGAGCAGCUGAGAAGUGAUGAGUUCAGGCAGAUACGGCCUUCUUGAUGUGUUAUUAUCUGCAAACAGGUACCUUUCCUUCACCGACAAAUUGACUGGAGUUGCAGCAGCUGCUGUCUUCCCCUUUGGGCGACGCACUCGCCAGACGUGGAUAGUGGUGGAGGAGCGAACGCCCUCGGCUAAGAGCGGCGGAUGGCGAGGAGGUGGAGAACUAUGUCCUCCAUGUUCGUUGAAGCGACAGCGAGCGCACGGAGGACCCUACGACGGUGGCCCCUGCGACGGCGACCAGACCAGCGGACGGCGGUCGGAGGUGGAGCUGCUCACGGCGGCACCUGCGCGUGGUCGCGGCGGCCCCUCGGACGGUGGGCGGAGCGGCGGCUGGGGAUGGAGCUGCUCACAGCCGCCCCUGCGCGUGGUCGCGGCGGACGGCGGCCGGAGAUGGAGCUGCUCACGGCGGCCCUCGCACAUGGUCGCGGCAGCCCCUCCGACGGCGAGAAGAGCGGCGGACGGCCGCCGGAGGUGGAGCUGCUCGCGGCGGCUGGUGGAGGGCGCCGACGAGCUCGUGGAGGGCGCCGGCGAGCUAGUGGAGGGCUCCGGCAAGCUCUUGCAGGGCGCUGGCGAGCUCGUGCAGGGGUGUCGGCGAGCUCGUGCAGCGCGGAUCGCGGCCAGAUCGUGGCCGGAUCACGCGCGCGGCGCUGAUUGCGUGAGUUGUUUCCGUGCGCUGAUUGUGGGGAGUUUGUUGGGCUGAUUUCAAAGUGUAAAGGGUUUUUCUGUAAAAUGGUCAACAGUUCAAAACAUUUCUCCCCCGCGCAGCUUUUUUCGGGACGGAGGGAGUAAA